GCGGCCCUGGCGGAGGCGGCCAAGGACUGCCCCUCGGCCGGCGGUUGGCUCGGCGGGAAGCCCAUGCUAAUGAGCCCGCGGGUUUAUUGCACCUGCCCGGUCGACUCGCUUCGCCGGGACUCUCCGCUCGCCAUGCCGCGCUCCUUCUUGGUCAAGAAGCCCUCCAGCACUCGCGUCCCCAACUACGGCCAGCUGGAGACGCGCCGCCAAGAAUUCAGUGGAUUAUGCCACUCCUGGAGAGGGGCAGCAUUCCCCCUCCUCAGUCAAGAUGGCACGCCUUGUCCGGCAGCCCCCUGUGAAGCUGGUAGCCUCUGGGACCACAGUUCCGCCAUUGCCUGCUUGUCCCCGCCUCUCCCGCAGAGCAGCGAAGCCAAAGGGGAGCCCACAUUGAGCUCCCAAGUGGGUUCAGGGAGCAGCCCUGGAGGCAGCUGGGGCUCUGCCACCCCUCUGCGUGAUAACCAGAACAACCUCAAUCUCCCGUUGGCAUUCAGCCUGUUCCAAAGGAGGACUCCCAACCUGGGCAGCCCAGCAGAGGGAAAUGGAGACAAACUGCAGGGGCCACAAGGCAUAGCUGCCGACCCCCUGGAGACGUUUGAGUGUCCAGACUGCCGCAAGGCCUACAGCACCUUCUCAGGCCUGGCCCGACACAGGCAGCAGCGCUGCAAGCUGCAGGCGACCACAGCAAGGAAGUAUUUCAACUGCAAGCACUGCGACAAGGAGUACGCCAGCCUGGGAGCCCUCAAGAUGCACAUCCGCACCCACACGCUGCCUUGCAUGUGCAAGAUCUGCGGUAAAGCCUUCUCCCGGCCUUGGCUGCUGCAGGGGCAUAUCCGGACACACACAGGUGAAAAGCCGUACGCCUGUUCGCACUGCAGCCGAGCCUUUGCCGACCGCUCCAACCUCCGCGCCCACCUGCAGACCCACUCCGACAUCAAGAAAUACCAGUGUCACACCUGCCUGAAGACCUUCUCCCGGAUGUCCCUGCUCCUGAGGCAUGAGGAGACGGCCUGCUGCCCUGCUGCAACCUGAGAGCCAUGUUGAGCUUGGCUGGCUACCUGGAAAACGUAACCUGAGACCACUUGUGGGGGUUAGGAGGAGAGCCCCAGACGACUGAAGAUCUGCAGCAGCGGAGCCUGGAGUCGUGUCCUGCAGCAAAAGUUGGGUGUGUUGUCUUCUUCUUCUGAUUCAGAUUCUGCAACUGGGUGGUGCUUACUGCUCCAAAGAGUGUGUAGCUUGACCUCUUGGUUGCAGCAAGAUCUAGGUGCAUCUCAGUUUAGGAAACAGAAAGGUACAUGGCUCCAUUACUCUUGUGUGUUUUGAAAAAAACAGCAAAGGGGCCUCCAUAUUAGGCUGGCAUUAAAUCCCCUGGAGUCCUUCUGCAAAUGUGUCUCCUCCUAUUGUGCUGUCAUUGAUCCAUCCAAAUGGUGCCAUUUGCAUGCUGGUGGUGCAUUCCCUUAGCUGCUAGCCUGCUUGAGGGAGUCGAAGAAGCCUCUUCAUUUCUGCAUUGCUCUCUGGGAUCGUGUCGGGAGGAAACCCAGGACAAGGGAUCCUCUGCCUGAGUCCACCCUUGGGUCUUUUGCAUGAAAAGGAUUUUAAGCUCCCCAUUCUUGGAUGGCUAUUAUUGGGGUGUCCUGCAUCCCUUCAGCUCCCCAUCG